AUGCAUUUGCUGCCUCUGAUCCUAGUAGCAACAAUCUUGCUGCCGAACUCUUUCUGCUUGCUUGGAUUAGGCAAAAAACAAUCGGUGGCCGUAAAAGGUACUCUUCAAUGCAACGGACAGCCAGCUUCAAAUGUAAGGGUGGAACUACACGAUAAGGGGAUAAUUAUCGAUAAGAAACUGGGCGAGGGAAAAACGGAUGAUUCUGGAGAAUUCAAUUUAUCUGGAAGCAAAGCAGAAAUCUCUAAAAUCGACCCUAAACUGACUAUUUACCAUAAUUGUGAGCACGAAGGGCGUUGCUACAGAAAGUUUUCAAUCACAAUUCCGGAUAGUUUCAUAUCUCAAGGCACUAUACCGAAGCGCACCUUCGAUGUUGGUACAAUCAAUCUUGCCAGUAAAUUCAAAGGAGAAUCAACAUCCUGCAUAAAGUGA